AGUCCAAGAAGCAGAUUUUUCACAUUCGCUAUGUUUCAAUAAAUACCGUUCUUGCAAAACCCAAUCAAGUUUUAUCUCUUACAAAACUCUUUUUGGUGGAAAUGAAUUCAUUGGCAAUAUCAGCUGGGCAUACUCCAACAAAUCUGUGCAAAAUACUACCCAUUACUGCUAUCGAUCCAACAAUACCAUCAAACACCAAAAUUUCAAUCCAAAACCAAGAAAGCUUUAUUUAUCAAAACCUGCAGCUGAAAGAAAGACAGAAUCUGUUUAAGAGAAGAGAAGCAAUUAUUGGUGUUGGGUUGUUUAGUAGCAUUGGAGUUGCUGAUAUUUUCUUUCAACCACAACCCUCUCUUGCAGCUGAAGCUGCUUGUGAAUUGACAGUGGCUCCUUCUGGACUUGCCUUUUGUGAUAAGGUUCUGGGGACUGGACCUGAGGCUGUAAAGGGACAGCUCAUUAAGGCACAUUAUGUUGGAAAAUUGACGAAUGGCACAGUGUUUGAUAGCAGUUACAAUAGAGGAAAGCCUCUGACAUUUCGUAUAGGUGUUGGUGAGGUCAUCAAAGGCUGGGAUCAAGGUAUUCUAGGUGGAGAUGGAAUUCCUCCCAUGCAAGCGGGAGGAAAACGCAUAUUGAAGCUUCCUCCAGAACUCGGAUAUGGCAUGAGAGGGGCUGGUUGCAAAGGAGGAUCGUGCAUCAUUCCUCCGGGUGCAGUUCUCUUGUUUGAUGUGGAGUUCAUUGGAAAGGCAUGAAAUGUUGAUUUAGUGUUAUAUCUUAAACUCUAAAAGCAUAGAGAAUAUAUAUAUAUAAUAUACACUUUUUGCAAUAUGAAGAGGAUUGAUUAUAUAUGUAUUUUGCUU